AUGUGGAAGGUAUACACUGGUGAGGCAAGCCUGAGCCUAGCCUCUAGCGGUGUUCUGAUUGUAGCAGUGGCAGUGGUUAGUGGCACUGUGGAGCAGGCUCCGUCUUGUUUUGGAUUGUGUUUCUGGGUUCCAGCUGGUACUGCGUCCGAAGUUGUUGCAGGCAAGUGUGUUUUGGUUGCUUACUUGGAACCCUAAACCAGCCAUGGCCAUUCCGGCCUUCUUCGGGCUUAGAUCACGCCAGGUCGCGGCCCAGGCACCGCCGUAGCCAUUCCUGCCAGUCGAUGUCAGUGCUCCCUGGUUCACACGUCGUGAUGUUGGCGCCCAAUUUGGGCCCCGUUUGACGCCCGCAUGGGUUGGUUUUGUGGGGUUUGAGGGGGUGUUGCCGGUGUGGACUUUUGGUAACGUGCGGCAGAGGGAAUUUGGAGGGUUUUGAGUGGCGGUGUUGACUUUGUGGGGGAGGUUGUGUGUGCCGUGGACUGGUCUUUGAGCUUGAGAGUGCGUUUGGUCUGAGGCUCGGAGGAGAACUCCAGGUGCGUGGCACGAGAGGGGAUACGAGUAUGGACUGGGGUGUUGCGGUUUGAGGGGUCCUGUUUCAUGCGUUUUGGAUCUCUUUCUGCAUCAUCAAGGAAGACGGGUUUGUGGAGUGUGUAGAGUUGUCGUGACAUGGAAGCUUGUGCAUAAGAAAGGAAUGAAGCCCGUUUGAAGCAACCGCGGUGGUUGGAUUGAAUUGGGAAAGAAGAAGAGGAAGAGGAAGGCAGGAGCUCUUGAUUGAUGUGUGUUGUUCGCAGUUGAUGGUGGUGGAUGUGUUCGAGCACCUUUACUUUUUUAUGUGGACAUGAUGUGGACGCAAGCCGGUCGUCGACACGCGGAUUGUUUCAUAUCUGUGGAAGUUCUAGAUCUGCAGAUACGACAGACCUAGAUGAUGCGAGCCUGCUGAAAGGUGCGCACUUUGCCUUCUGAAAAAGGUGGAUUAGACGCGCGGAAUUCGUCAGCUCCUUGCAGCAGAAGUGGGCACAAGGCGACAUUCUUCUUGUAUAGGAAGGAUCAAUCGAUUAUCAGUGUGCAUAAGAGGUUCCCGCACCCCAAGUUGUGCGCCCUAUUGCUUGAAGCCGCAUGGAAAAGUAUUUGCAGCGGUCGGGUUAUUGUAUGGAACUCCUGACCAAGGCAGUACAGUGAUCGUGGACAAGGUGUGCUAGAAGUGUUGGUGCAUCGGUAAUGGCUAAGCUGUGGAGAUGGGCGCUCUCCGCGACCUGCUUGCUGGUGGUCGCACGGGCCGUGAUUGCAGGGAUGGGGACCAAUGCUCCAGGUCAUCCCGGUUGUAAUUGUGAAGAGGAUUGGGGGCUGCUUGAGCUAGUGACCCGGUGUCAGUUGGCCAGCGACUUCCUGAUCGCCCUGGCGUACUUCUCUAUUCCGCUGGAGCUGGUGUACUUCGUCAGUUUCUCGCACGUCUUUCCAUUUAGAUGGAUUAUUAUCCAGUUUGGAACGUUUAUCGUGUUGUGCGGCCUGACGCACUUUAUAGCGAUAUGGACCUACGGUCCGCAUUCAUUUCUUAUCAUGCUGAUUCAAACAAUUCUGAAGAUUGCAACUGCGCUAGUGUCGUGUGCUACUGCUAUCACGCUGGUCCACGUUAUUCCAACUCUGCUUCAUGUCAAGGUGCGGGAGCUGUUUUUGAAGCACAAGGCUGCUGAGCUAGAUAGGGAAAUGGGUAUCAUUAAGGAUCAAGAGGAGGCGGGGCGGCAUGUUCGUAUGCUGACAAACGAGAUUCGGAGCACCCUUGACCGUCACACCAUUCUGAACACAACGCUUGUGGAGCUGGCGAAGACGCUGGAACUUGCAAACUGCACAAUCUGGGAACCCAACGUCGAGGGUGAUGCGAUAAAGCUGACUCAUGAGCUUGACAGACGAUAUCUGCAGGUCCCCGUCACGAUUCCAGCAUCUGACAAAACUGUGCAGCAAAUUAUUCAGACCAGCGAAGCGAUAGUGAUUCCUCCUGUUUGUGCUCUUGGGAAGGCAAGCAAUCAUCGCGUUCUAGCCGGUGCUAUGGCAGCAGUUCGUCUGCCUUUGCUGUACGUUUCAAAUUUUAAGGGAGGCACGCCCGAAGUGGUCAGUGCGUCUUACGCUAUCCUGGUGUUGGUGUUGCCCGGUGAAACCGGUCGAGUGUGGACAGCCCACGAAAUCGAGAUGGUGGAGGUUGUUGCAGAUCAGGUUGCAGUGGCUUUGUCUCACGCGGCAGUGCUAGAGGAUUCCCAACGUACGAGAGACGCGCUGGUGGACCAAAACAAAAAACUGCAAGCUGCGCGGCAGGAAGCAGAAACAGCUAUUCGUGCCCGCAACGAUUUCCUGGCAGUAAUGAACCACGAAAUGCGAACUCCAAUGCAUGCGAUCAUUGCCCUGUCUUCGUUGUUACAAGAGGGAAAGCUGACGGUGGAUCAGCGGAGUAUGGUUGAUACCGUUGUGAAAAGUAGCAGUCUGCUGUCGACCUUGAUCAAUGACGUGCUCGACUUUUCACGGCUGGAGGAUGGAAGUUUGAGUUUGGAGAUGCGUCCUUUUGAGCUCCCAACCGUUUUGAGGGAGACCGAGAAUCUUGCCAAACCGAUGGCGAAGGGGAAAGGGCUGGACUUCUUUUUCGACAUAAAUAUGGAUGUACCGCAGUGUGUGAUAGGGGACGAAAAGCGCCUCCUCCAAAUCACUUUGAAUAUAAUUGGUAAUGCGGUGAAGUUCACUAGGCUCGGAUUCGUGUCCGUCUCCGUGAGCCUGGAGAAGUACGAUGCGAGUAUUAGACGGGACCCGAGGAACCCGAGCUGGCGCCCGAUACCAUGCGACGGUUUUGUGUACAUUCGUAUUGUUGUGAAGGAUACCGGAUUGGGAGUGAGGGAGAACGACAUCCCUCGGCUGUUCAACAAGUUUGUGCAAGCCGACAGCACAACCACUCGUCAGUACGGGGGCACUGGACUAGGUUUGGCAAUCUGCAAGAAGUUUGUUCAGCUCAUGAAUGGUCACAUUUGGAUUGAAAGCGAGGGUAUAAACAGAGGUUCUGUAGUAACCUUCAUAGUGAGGUUACAGGUGCAGUCGGAUUCAGCCAAGGAAAGAGGUAGGCCGUCUCGUGAGGAGCAACUGAAUAAAGAAGACCUGAAAGGUCUGAAAGUUCUAGUUACAGACGACAACAGCGUGAACCGCAUUGUGACCAAAAGACUAUUAGAUAGGUUAGGUUGUUACACGACUGUAGUGGAAUCAGGGCAACAGUGUCUGGCUGCUCUGUCGCAGCCUGGCAGUGGAUUUAGGGUUCUCUUGCUGGAUUUGUGCAUGCCGGAGAUGGACGGAUAUGAAGUGGCCAGGAUCAUCAAGCAAAAGUUUCGACCGGGGGAGCCUUUAGUCGUUGCUUUGACAGCGAAUACGGACAAGAAUACGAAAGAGCGGUGUAUGCAGAUCGGAAUGGAUGAGGUUGUGUUGAAGCCGAUCUCGCUGCAAGAGAUGAGCGCCGUGCUGUGCAAAUUGUUGCACAACCCAAAGAGCGGUUCUCGUUCCCACGGCAUGGUGAAUGGAAGAUAGUAGACUUCCGCAGUCGACGUCGAACAUCGAGGAUGUCGUGAAUGUGUACUGAAAGGGAGGGUUUUGCAAUGGUUGCGACGCGCGAAAUCAGAGUCGGAUCUGUGCAGAGGAGCUUCCUGGUAAUGACGAUAAAUGAGGUGUAUUUGAGACUCAGGGCGGUGGUAAGAGAGUAUUUGGGAUUGUUGUUUUUGAUGGGGAUGGAAAAUUCGCGCUUUGCCGUGUUCUGCUCUUGGCCCACAAUGUGUUGUGGUCUUGACUGAUGAGCGCCCGGUCGGCGCCAUUCCGUCCCUCCUUUCAUUUUUCUUUUUUUGUAGCAUUUUCGAACACCUUGAGUCUAUCAUUGGUGGAUUCUUACUUCUUUCUGGUUU